GUAUAUCCUAAGUAAGAGAGAGUGAGGCAUAUUGGUCAGCAGCCUCCCAUAAUGUGGAAGGGACCCUAAUACCAUAACCAAGCCGUGUGAAGGUGAUGGGUUUUAUUCUAGCUGAAUUGGAUAUUGGUAGGAUCAAGGGGUCCAGGAGGGGGAAAUAUUCAAUACUCAAGAUGGCUCAAGUGAGAUGAUGGCUAACACCCACCUACUAACAUCUGUAGUGCCCUCCUAACUAAAGUGAUUUUAUUUAGUUCUGAGGUCUGCCCUGAUGACCAGUCAAGAACGUCAAUUUGCCAUUCUCUCCUCAUUGCAUCCAGUGACAGAGACCCUGGAGAGAUUUACCUCUCAAACGUUGAGAGGAGAUGGAACUGAGAGAGGGACUGUUGACAUUCAGGGAUGUGGCCAUAGAAUUCUCUCCAGAGGAGUGGGAAUACCUGGACCCUGCUCAACAGAAUUUGUAUAGGGAUGUGAUGUUAGAGAACUACAGGAACCUGGUCUCUUUGGAGCUUGCCAUCUCUAAGCUGGACCUGGUCACCUUUUUGAAACAAACGGAAGAACCCUGGAAUGUGAAAAGAGAGGAGACAGUAGCCAAACACCCAGGUAGGUGGGAGUGA